CAAAUUCGCAUCAUAUUCCAGCCACUCAACUCCGUCUGCACUACCCACGUCGCCGGUUGUGACCAUGGCCAACAAGCUACCAUCUAAGGAGAACGCGCUGUUCCGCUCCAUUGUGAAAUGCUACGAGAUCAAGCAGUACAAGAAAGGGCUCAAGGCCGCGGACGCGAUCUUGAAGAAGUUCCCGGACCACGGGGAAACCCUCGCCAUGAAGGGAUUAACGCUCAAUUGCAUGGGCAAGAAGGAGGAAGCAUAUGAGUUUGUCCGCCAAGGUGUCAAGCAAGACCUCAAGUCGCACGUGUGCUGGCACGUGUACGGUUUGUUGUAUCGAUCCGACCGCAACUACGCUGAAGCCAUCAAGUGCUACCGCCAAGCACUUCGCAUUGACCCGGACAACAUUCAAAUCCUGCGCGACCUGUACCUCCAGCAAGUCCAAAUGCGAGACCUCAAGGGCUACGCCGAGACGCGCCGCCAGUUCCUGUCGCUCAAGCCCACGAACCGCAACAACUGGAUCGGCCUCGCAAUUGCUCACCAACUGAAUGGCACGCACGAGACUGCAAUCGACAUCAUCGACCAGUACAACGAAACGCUUGAUCCGCUGCGUCCAGUAUCCUACGACGACAGCGAAAUGUACUUGUAUCAGAACGAACUGAUUGAAGAAAAGGGCGAUCUGGUCGCUUGCCUCGCCCACCUUGAAACAACCAAGUCGUUCGUGCUGGACACGCUCGUGUGGCGCCAUCGCAAGGCCGACCUCCUUGUCAAACAGGGAGAUUUCGACGACGCGGUGGUCCUGUACCAAGAACUGUUGGCGAUAAACCCUGAUCACUACCAUUACCAUCGAGGCCUCCAAGCCGCGCUGUGCCGCCGCGCCGACUGGCUCGCGCUCUCGUCCGUCCCUUCGGCCACGGAAUCGCUCUCUGCCCAUGAAGUGUCGACGCUACUAGCGAUCUACGAAGGCCAUGCAUCGCCUACCUAUGGACGACUGGCGUUGGAUUUGCUGUCUGGCGCGGCGCUGGAGGGGCCAUUGGACGCGUAUUUGCGUCGAGGGCUGGUCAAAGGCAUUCCGUCUCUUGGGUCCGACAUCAAGGCGUUGUAUGCUGUCCCUGCCAAGCAAGCCCUUUUGUCCAAGUUGGUUGCAACGUACUUGUCGGAGGAGGCCACAACCUCGCCAUCCGAGUGGGUCUGGCGGCUGUAUCUGGCCGCGCAGCACUUCGAUCGCAUCAGGGAUAUUUCCCAGGCACUCGUGUACAUCGAUCGAUGCUUGCAGCACACGCCCACGGUGCUCGAGUUUUACCAGAAAAAGGCGGUGAUCCUCAAACACGCGGGGGAUUAUAACGCAGCCGCCACGGUCGUCGAUCAGGGGCGCCAGCUAGACCUGGCCGAUCGGUACAUCAACAACAAAACCACCAAGUACUUGCUGAGGGCGAACCGCAUCGCCCAAGCCGAAGACACCAUCGCGCUCUUCACUAGACAUGAAGGCGACCCCCAGCAAAACCUGUACGACAUGCAGUGCAUGUGGUACGAACUGGCGGCCGGCGCCGCCCAAUUCCGGCAGCUCCACGCCGGCCCCGCGCUCAAAAAGUUUGUCGCCGUGGAGAAGCAUUUCAAUGACUUUUUGGACGAUCAAUUCGACUUUCACACGUACUGCAUGCGCAAGAUGACUCUGCGUGCGUACGUUCAAAUGCUUCGAAUGUGCGACACGUUGCUGGGCCAUCCAAUCCACGUGCAAGCAACGCACGGGGCAAUUUCGGUGCACAUCCAUCGCUACGACCAGCAACAGACUACUGCCACCACCGCCGACUCGUCGAGUAAACAGAGCGCGGCGGACAAGGCCAAAGCCAAGCGCGCCGCCGCCAAGGCCCGCAAGGCCGAGUUUCAAAAGGCGGAAGAGGCCAAGCAGCUGCAAAAGGAGCAUGACGCCCUCGAAAAGGAGAAGGCGACCAAGAAGAGCAAAAAUCAGUCGCGACCUAAAGACACUCCCGUUGACCCUGACCCCCUCGGCGAACAACUGCUCUCGAAGUCGAGUUUGGACGAAGCGUGGCGCCUUGUUACUAUCUUGCAGCAGCACGCGCCCCACGACGUUGAUACCCAUGUGGCGGCCUUUGACGUGGCUUUCCGGCGACAAAAGUGGCUGCUCUGCCUGCAGGCGUUGCUGGCUGCUCAUGCCACCGACGGGUCGUGGCACCCCAAAACGCUGGUCCGCCUCGUCCGGCUGUACACGGCCGCCACGCCGGCUGCCGUCGGCGUCGUCGCGAGCUUUCUCGAAAACGGCAAGGCGGUGCUGUUCCAAGGGUUGAACGACAUUGCUGCGAUCCUCAAACAUGUGGCGGCGACGCACACGAGCUUGGAGUGGCAGGUGGCGGUCGCCGAAGCCGAGAGCCUCGCGCACGGGUCGUUCAAGGCGGGCACGGUGGCUCUGUGGCUCCAAGACAAGGGUGCGUCGUCGCUGGGUGUGUACGAAACUGCGGUGCGCGUGGUGGAGAAGUACGGCAGCCAGAAGGACCAAGAUGCAUUCAAGCAAACGGCUAAGACGUGGUUUCCGUAUGCGACACUGUUUGGAAACAAAUACGAUACGAAGUAGACGACAGAACGUUAUUUGCAUAAGAUGGCCGCGAGGUAGAAGUAGUGUUGGUCAGUGAUCAACGCAACCGCGCUAAUAGAGAGACACUUGUGGUUCUAAUCAUGC